AUGAAAGCGUCUAGGGCAAGCCCCGAGCUCGUGCUGAAAGUUUUGCUGGUCGGAGCUCCGAAGGCGGGGAAGACGUCCUUGGUGAGACGAAUGUGCGACAAGGCUUUCCGAGAGGACUACGUGCAGACCUUGGGUUUCGACGUCACCGUGGUCCCCUACGGUACAUACCAGGGACGGCCGGUGAAGCUCCACCUCUGGGACGUAGCCGGGUCGCAGCUUACGGCGCAGCCCUGUCAUCACGGACUUAUUGGGCAGGGUGCAGAGGGGGUGCUGUACGUGAUGGACGUGACAAGCAGGGAGAGCCUACAGGCGGUCGACGACUGGGACCAAGCGCUUUCUAAAUUCUAUCCCCCGUGGACAUGCAAGCUCUUGGUUGGACACAAAGCCGACCUCCCAGCCUACGUGGUGAACGACGAGGCGCUAUCGCUCUACGUGGCCGGCGCGAGCGGCUUCAGGGGGUGGUGCCUCACUGUGGGGAGCUCGGAGUACGGGGACUAUGACGUCGCCGCCAGGCGGGGGGGAGGAAGCGGUGCCACAGCACACGGGGCUCGACACAAGGGCCAGAGCCUUAGCGGCGAGAAGCAACUCUCUGUGUCGGAAGCCGUGCGAACUCUGCUUGGGCACGUCUUCCGAUCGGGGGGGGCGGCACGGGGUGCCAGUCGACCGGCGGGGGUGCUUGGCCUAGGAGCCAGUGCGGGGAGAGCGACACCGCUCCCCUCCGACCACCUCCAAGACGCCCUUGAGACCAUGGAACUCCUCGGGCUAGGGGGUAAGGGGACACCCCCCGUCCAAGAUGAGAACAGCAAGGAUGGCUAUACGAAAGAAUAUUCUGGUGGUCGGCAGUGCGCAGAUUGGCCUGAAAAAGAACGAUCCGAAGAUGGGUCCAAGGGGCGGUCAGUAGAGAUGCGUUCUGAAGGUUUGGGGCCGUUGUUGGAGCGGGGCAGGGGGCCGGACCCAAGCUGGGGGCAAGGGGUUCCGGGGGAUGGUUUGGCCGUGGCGACUGUUGGUGAUGACGACGCAAACGGCGGUGACCCUGGUUGGCGACACUUUGCGGGGCGGAUGGGACGAGAAGAAGCCGAAGCACUGCUCAGCGGACGACCGGACGGCACGUUUUUCUUGCGCCGCAAGGGUCCGUCGCUCCUUGUCCUGACUUACGUCGCCUCUGCCAAGCGGCCGAAUAGCAACGCGACCACACCAACCAAUGGUGCGAGAAACCGGAAGAGUUACCCCUCGAGCCGAUCGCCGCGGAUGCGAGACAUGCUCGGGAGUCCUCAGGGAGAGAAGCUCGGAAAAGGUGGUCUUUCUUUGGAGAGGGUUAGAGACGGCCUCGCCGGCAGCACGUUGGUCCAGCAUGCUCUUUUGGUGCACGAGGGAGGAUUUUUCAGCGACGAAAAGGGCCGGCUGGGCCGCUUCUCCACCCUCGAGGAACUCCUCAAGUCCAAGAUCAGCGCCAUUGCGCGCCACCCGUUGAGUUUCCGCCGGGAGCGGGAUGGGUACGUGCUGAUCGACGAAGACAACCCUGCGGCUCUCUCCCACGAGCCGGCCCCUUCUACGGCAUCUACGGACUUGUCGCCGUCCACGAAUCAUUUCGCUAGGGCCGACAAGGCCGCCUCCGCACACGACCGAAUCAUUCGCGGCAACCCGGCGUCCUCCCUUGCUCCUACCGCCAACGGCAACCUCUUCGGACCCGGCAGUAGCAGGCUCGGGGCAGCGGCGGUGGAUGCCGGAAGUAGCCCUCCUUCUUCGCCGCCGGUGUCGUCGUUGUCGCCGCACGCGGGCAACGCGGGCGCCGAGAACCCUUUCGACAAGGCGCUCCGAAGGCGCCGCCCAAACACCACCGCGGGAAGCGAUUCAACAACUGCCGUUUCGCGCCGCGUCACCGGCGACUGGACCGACAACAGGGUCCCCAGCCGCGGCAAGCCGAACGCACGGCAGGGAGGGUCGGUCGCGAACAGCGGCGCCGGUUCGUCUUCGGCGGGGGGCUCCCUUUGGAUGGAGGCGGCGGCGGCCGCGGUCGAACAAUCUGGGCCGGCGGCAGUGGUGGUGGUUCCAUCGAGAAAUGUAACGGGCGUGAGCAACGUGUCAGGGCCGCCCCACGGCGACUCGUUGUCCUCAGAUGGCGGGACUGCCGUGGUUUCGGGAAGCUUUCGCGGGACGGGUGGGGCGGAACCGCUUCUGGACAGCCGUGGCAGUGCCGCGGCGGGACGGGGGGGGUCUAUGAAAUGGUCCGGUUCUGCCGUGGAUGACGCCGGCGCUCGUGGCAGCAUGUCUUCACCUUCUUCGAUCUUUUCGGAUGUUCGAGGCCCCUCUUUACAUCAGCAGCAACACCAGCCCAGAAUGAAAAGAAGCGGUAGCGGUAGGAGAGACACGACGUCAGCGAUGGCCGAAGCGGCGGAAGCAGCGGCGGUGAUGGCGGCCGCGAGAGGCCACCCGGACGUCCGGCAAGUAGAGGAGCGAACGCGGUCGGCUCAAGCCGGCGUCGAUCGCGCCGCGGCGGUCCUCGAGCAGCGGCUCCGCCCGCUCGUGGUACGAAAAACGCCGAUGCAUUCCCCGCUCCAACGCUCUCCCCGACACUCCCAGACAUCUUCGUCAUCAUCUACCGACUUCCGGGGGUUCCGCAGAUCGUCGCCGCCUACCUCUUCCUUUUCGUCCUCCCGCGACGUUUCUCCGAGGUCUCUCGACCUGUCUUCGGCGCCGUUUCUUGGCAGAGAGCCGCAGCAAAGGUGGGCAGCCGCCGCUCCCGAGGGGUCUGCCACGGCCCCAUUAGCGGCGGCGGCCGCCUUGUUGAUGGAACGUGCUUGUGCAUGCCGCCAGGAGCUGGCCGUGUCGUCUCACGAGCUCAACGAGCGCGCCGUCGCCCUCGCCGUGGCGGAGACCACGAGCCCCGCUGCUGGAAGUCUCGCCGCAGCAACGAGUGAUAGAGCUAGAGGCGUCGGUACUCGCGGUGGUGGUGGUGGUGGUAGUGGGUUGUCGGCUUCCGAGAGCUCGGCGGUGGCCGUUGGUCCUUCGAACGAGGGAAGCGGCAGUCCCCUCUCACCUUCACGAUCGUUCCUCCGCGCGGAUAGGGCGGAUAGCCGACAGCGUUUCUUAAUUCCCGCUGGUGUUGUCGGGGGGGACGGCAACCGUAGCGGGAACGAAAUUACCUUGGGGGGGAUUAAAGGAAACGCCCCCCCUACCACGUUAUCCGCCCCCCCCCAAGGCCGGCAGACAGCGGUGGGAGGAACGGAGGCAGCUGUGACCACCGCUGCACCGGCAGGACCGGAUGGUGGGCUUGUGGGCAUGUCUUGUUGCGUCGACUUCGAGCGAAUCCUGGGUUACCACGAGGCCGACAACGCCGCGCCGGGAGAACGCUCGCCGUUUGUCGGCGAUCGUGACCGCGAGGCCGCCGCGGCCGCCUCGUCGGCGUUUCGGGUGGAUGCGUACCCGGACAGAGGGAGGCGUUUGUCUGACAGCAGCAUGGUCGCGGAGCGCUCCUUCUCCGGCUCGAACCAGCUUGGCGGGGGAAGCGUGGCCGGCGGCCUGGCUCCCCGUGAGCCACGGGACCAGGGAAACCUGCUACGGAUCAUGGUUGGCACUGGUGCGUCGGCCCUCGGCGUUGACGCAGACGAGUGGGGAACAGUGUUUCGAGAUCUCGAGAUCGCGGAGGAGCGCGGUCGGGAGUUUGUGGACGUCUGGGAAGCGGCGGGGGGCGCAUUGAAGGACGCCUGCGAUGAUUUGGCUUUCGAAGAGGAUGAUGGCCGUGGACUCGCUGGGGGGCUUCUCUCCCAGUGA